AUGACAUCCAGCAGCUUUGCCCGUCAUCGAUAUCUUCAACCAAAAGAGCAAGGCACCAUCAUUACCACCAACAAAAACAAAAACCAAACAUCAAUGUCGUGUGCAUUGAAAAACGCGAUCAUCAAUGGUAGCCGACAAGAUUUCAACAACAUUUGCGAAAGAGCAUCCAGCCAUGAUUUGGCCCAAGCUCUAUUGACAUGGCGUGUUGCGCGUGUCAUACAAUACCCCCUGAAUGUUCGACAAGAGGCCGUGCGCAAAUUGGGCCCACUCAAGAAAUCGGGUGAAUUUGACGCUAUACAAUACACAUUAUUGCUUCAAAAAGGUGCAUUGGCUAUUGCCAUGCUUGAGUUUUUACAACAACAUUGUGCACAUGAACCAUUGCGUGCCUUUGUCAAUCGUCAAUGGGGUUCCAACAAUACGGCUUUGCAUCUAGCUUGUUUCUGGAAUAUGCCUCGGCUUGUACGACUCUUGCUAGACCUGGGUGCCGAUUGCAAUGCACGGAAUGCCAAUCUUGUUUCCCCCGCAGAUUGUUGUCGCACGGCCCCUCAUGGCAAUGAUUGCAGGGCCAUGUUGUCAUCUGAGAAACAGCAUCAGCAACAACAACAACAACAACACGCUAUUCGUCCAUCCAUGUUGUUGAAAAAGGCAAUGGAACAACAACACUAUAACAGCAACAUGACGACAACAUCAUCCAUCAUGGACUCGUAUAUGCAAACCACCACCACACCACCACCACCAUCACCAGCAGCUAUUCCUCCCGAAUACUUUGCUGCAGGGGUACCAUCAACCACAUCCACAUCCUCAUCCAUGCUGUCAGCUGAUGACUCAUCCACAUGUUGGACACCACCCCCAUCACCUAUGCGUCGUCGCAUGUGUUUUUCACCACCUGUCAACAUGCUUCAUGAAACGCAUUCAAACAACAGCACCAGCAAACAUGUUCGUUUUGAUCCUCAAACAUUGAUCCAUGAUGCUUGCAUGCGUGGUAAUUUGCCAGAGUUGCUCAAUUUGCUCAAGGAUAUGGAUACCAAAUCCUUGCCUACGUAUGGUGCACAAGACCGCACGCUUUUGCAAGUCGCUAUCAUUUUUGGUCAUCAUCAACUUGUACCUCAUUUGCUUGAAAAAAGCAAGGAUCAGGUGGAUCAUUACGAUACCCAAGGCUGGACGGCGUUGCAUUAUGCAGCCAAGUAUGGUCGCUGGGUUGCCAUGGAACAAUUGGCACCUAUUGCCAACAUUCAUGCAAGAACGCUCGAUGGUUGGACCAUUUAUGAUUGCCCAAAGACACAUGUUGACAAGCAAAAGUGCAGAGCCAUCGUCGAGAGAGCUUUACGUCGACAUCACCAUGGCAACAAUAUCACCAAACCUUAUCACUCCUACUAA